AUGGCGGAAGAAGAAUACUCAUGGGACAGCUAUUUGAACGACCGACUGUUGGCCACCAACCAGGUGUCGGCCGCGGGGUUGGCAUCGGAGGAAGACGGAGUUGUGUACGCCUGUGUGGCACAAGCAGAUGAAAACAACCCCGAGUUUGACAAAUGGACCCUCUUCUACAAGGAGGACUACGAAAUUGAGGUGGAGGACGAGAAUGGAAACAAAAGCAAAAAAACGAUUAACGAAGGACAGACGCUGCUGACCGUCUUCAAGGAGGGGUACGCACCCGACGGUGUGUGGUUAGGAGGAACCAAGUACCAAUUCAUAAACAUAGAGAGGGACCUGGAAUUCGAAGGCUACACAUUCGAUGUGGCGACGUGCGCCAAGCUGAAGGGCGGGCUCCACCUGAUAAAAGUUCCUGGGGGCAAUAUCCUGGUUGUGCUGUACGACGAGGAGAAGGAGCAUGACCGAGGAAACUCGAAAGUUGCGGCCCUCACAUUUUCAAAGGAGCUGGCGGAGAGCGGCGGUCAGUAA